GGCUCCAUAAAGGUCAAUCCAUGCUAAAAUUAUAAAUUUGUAAUCCUUCACAAGUUACCCCAAGAAGCAACUAAUGUAAUGCAAACUCUAUAUAUAACCCACGUCCAUUACCAACCAUCCAAUCUCUCUCUCUCUCUCUCUCUCUCUCACUCAAACACAGUUUGCAGCAACCAUUUACUCCAAUUGCCGUCUGCAAACUGCGGCAGCUCCUACACAUCCAAACGACAAAUAUUUGGCUAUUUUCGUUCAGUUGCAAACAUGAGAAACCUCUGUUUUAACCCAAAAACGGCGUCGUUUUCCUUGGCCCGUAAUUCUCCUUCUUCGCCGGCGUCCUUAACUUCAAUCCCCACGCCACCGCGGUUGAGCUUUUCCAACCCUGGCAUCGUCGACGAAGAUAGCUACACCAUCGAGGAAGCAGAGGCUCUGAUCCUGAAAUGGAACGCAGACACUUCCGCUUACGCUAACGUCACCUCUCUCUUCUACGAGGACAAAACCGAAGCCAAACAGUACAUCAACUGCGUUAACCAGCUUCAGCAGACCAUGCAUUCCUUGCUCUCACACAAUCCUUCCUCUGACAAACUCAUCCUCGCUCACAACCUAAUGCAGCUGGCUAUGAAGAGACUCAAGAAAGAGUUUUACCAGAUCUUAUCCAUGAACAGGGCUCACCUUGAUCCCGAAUCUGUCUCCGCUAGAUCCUCUCGUGGCUCUGUUCAUUCCAGCGCCUCCGAUUACGACGACGAUUUCACGGCGGAAGACGACGACAUUCGCGUCGCCGGCGACUCAAUCUCCGAAGUCGAACAGGUCUCGUCCGUUGCCAUGGCGGAUCUCAAGUUGAUUGCCGAUUGCAUGGUCUCGUCCGGUUAUGCGAAGGAAUGCGUCAGCGUUUACAUCAUCAUCCGAAAAUCCAUCAUCGAUGAAGGAAUAUACCGCCUCGGUGUGGAGAAAAUGAGCUCCUCGCGCGUAAACAAGAUGGAUUGGGAAGUGCUUGAUUUGAAGAUCAAGAGUUGGUUAGAGGCAGUCAGGAUUUCAGUGAGGACGCUCUUCAACGGAGAGAGAAUCCUGUGCGACCACGUCUUCAGUUAUUCAGAUUCCAUCAGAGAAUCAUGCUUCGCUGAAAUUUCCAGAGACGGUGCCUCUCUCCUUUUCGGAUUCCCUGAACUCGUUGCUAAAACUAAGAAAUCGCCGCCAGAGAAGCUGUUCCGCAUGCUCGAUAUGUACGCUCUGAUUUCCGAGCUGUGGCCGGAGAUUGAGUCCAUCUUCUCCUCGGAUUACAAAGCCGGAAUUCGUUCUCAAGUUCUCGCUUCGCUUCAACGGCUUGCUGAAUUCGUGCAAAUCUUGCUCAUGGAGUUCGAGUCCACGAUCCAGAAGGAUUCUUCCAAAUUGCCGGUGAACGGUGGCGCCGUCCACUCACUCACAGUUCAGACGAUGAAUUACCUCUCAAUCCUCGCCGAUUACAGCAACGUUCUCUCUGACAUAUUCCCGCGCGGGGACUGGCUUCCGCUGCCAAAGAUGUCGUCGCUGCCAGAAUCUUAUUUAUACAGUCCUGAAUCAGAUUACUCGGCGUCGACGCCAGCGUUGACGGCGCGUGUCGCGUGGCUGAUUCUCGUCCUCCUUUGCAAGCUCGAUGGCAAAGCAAAGCAUUGCAAGGACGUUUCGCUGUCUUACCUGUUUCUCGCGAACAAUCUCUGGUACGUGGUGGCCAGAGUCCGAAGCUCGAACCUGCAAUACGUGCUUGGCGACGAUUGGAUCACGAAGCAUGAAGCUAAAGCGAAAAGGUUCGUCGCGAACUACGAGAAGGUAGCCUGGGGGGAAGUGGUUGCGUCGUUGCCUGAAAAUCCAAUGCCGGCGGAGGCAAGGGCAGUGUUCGAGAACUUCAACCUCAGAUUCGAGGAAGCAUAUCGGAAACAGAACUCGUUCGUGAUAGCUGACCGAGAACUACGAGACGAAAUAAAAGGUUCGAUCGCGAGAAGUAUAGUGCCGAAAUAUCGCGAAUGGUAUAAUGAGGUGCUCGUUACGGUGGGAUCGUUGAGGGACAUGACGGCGAAGGAGUAUGUGACGUUUACCCCUGAAGAUAUUGAAAACUACCUCGCUAACCUCUUCUUUUUUGGAACCACCUCCAGUGGUGUCUCGUCGUCGUCGUCGGUGACUUCGUCCCCUUUGCGGCGGUGGAGUUAAAUGCACAGUUUUAACGGCGACUUUCAUCGCCGUUAUUUUCCUGAUUAGAGUACAAAGUAUAGAGUUUUGACAUAGCCUAAGCCAAGUGGGAGAUAGCGACUUUUUCAGUUUUAUUUCUUAUUGUACACCUAAUCACGACGACUUCUUGAUGUAGUCCUACCCUUCAGUAAUCAUAAUUAUAUUUAUAA